AUGUUAUUUUGGGGUCGGUGCCUGGAAAGGGGGAGCGAGGAGGACGUUGGGGAAGGGCCAAACGAGGAGGACCUUGGCCCUCCCGAGCCCUGGGGCCGGUCUGUUCCUGCCCCACGGCUUUCCAACCGCUGGGAAUGUUCUCUGCUGAAGCUGCAGGCUCUGGGAAAAGGUCCAGCCGCCAGCAAGAGCAAGGAUGACCUGGUGGUGGCCGAGGUGGAGAUCAACGACGUGCCCCUCACCUGCAGGAACCUGCUGACCCGGGGCCAGACCCAGGACGAGAUCAGUCGCCUGAGCGGAGCCGCCGUGUCCACCCGGGGCAGGUUCAUGACUGCAGAGGAGAAAGCAAAAGUGGGACCUGGGGAUCGUCCCUUGUAUCUCCACGUGCAGGGGCAGACGCGGGAGCUGGUGGACAGAGCCGUGAACAGGAUCAAGGAGAUCAUCACCAACGGGGUGGUGAAAGCAGCCACGGGCUCCAGCCCCACCUUCAACGGGGCCACGGUCACCGUGUACCACCAGCCAGCCCCCAUCACCCCCCUGAGCCCGGCCGUGGGGCAGAAACCGCCCUUCCAGUCCGGGGUCAGUGCUGUGGGGUGGGAGUCAGGGAAUGGCACUGGGGACAGGAGCCCGCUGAGUGCUCCUUUCCUCCCUGCUGCCCCAGUAAAAACCAGCCUGCCAACUGGUGCUCAGCCCCAGGUGCAAACCCACCCCCAGGGCCAAAAGAGACGCUUCACCGAGGAGCUGCCCGACGAGAGGGAGUCGGGACUGCUGGGAUACCAGCAUGGACCCAUUCAUAUGACUAAUUUAGGUACAGGCUUCUCCAGUGCGAGCGAACUCGAGGGAGCCGGGGCCAAGGCAGCAAGUUCCUCAGGAAAGGAGAGAGAGAGGGACAGUGUAGAUCCUCAAGCCAAGAAGCUGAAGGCUGGCGAGAAGGGCUUUGGGCUGGUGGCCUACGCCGGGGACUCGUCGGACGAGGAGGAGGAACACGGCGCCCACAAAACCGCAAGUACCUUUUCCCAGGGCUGGAGUUUGGGGUACCAGUACCCCUCCUCCCAACAGAGAGCCAAACAACAGAUGCCCUUCUGGAUGGCUCCCUAAACCUGCACAACAAUUUUGGGGUUUUUUUGGGGUUUUUUUUGGCAUCCUCUGGUGGUUUUUUUUUCCCCCUCCUAGCAAUAAUUGCAUGGAUAUCCCAGAACGAACUGGGCAAAAAAACAAAACAACAAAAAGACACCUGGUUUUUACGUUUGCAGAAGCCAAUUUUCUUCUUCUUCUUCUUCUUCUUCCCCUCCCAACCUCGGAAGGGCUCCGUUGUUUUUAAAAAGAUCCUUAUUUUGGCAGCGUUUGUCAAUUUAAAAGAGAAGAUUUGGAGCGGUGCCCUCCCUUAUUGACACAAGGGAGAAGCAAAGAGGAGCCAGGGUUGGGCCAACAGGCCCCAAUUUUUCCAAGGUUUUUCCAAGAGAACUCCAAGGGAAGAGCCAGUGGUGCCACUGCCUUCACUCCACCCCCAGUGUUGGCAUUUUACUCCUCCUGCCCCAGCUGCAAGUUUGGACUUUUCCCCAGAGGGGAGGAACAUCCAGGAGUUGUGGAAAAACUGAAAACUUUGAGUUUUACUCAGAAGUCUCCCAUAACUCGGCACUGCUGGUUGUUUUUCCUUGGAAAAGUGGUUUCCUGACUCGCUCUGGGGAACACUCAGGUGUUUGGAGGGGUCCGUGUUGCCCCAGCUGGACUUGGCACUGCAGCUCCGGGACUGAAUCUCCUGCAGCCACCCUGGAACUCCCCCCAGAAUUCCAGCAGAAUUCCAGCAGAAUUCCAGAGGGUUCCAGCGAGGGGUUUCCCACAGGCAGCACUUGGGGGGCAGCACUUGGGUGCAGCAGCUCCUGGGAGCUGGGAAUGAGCUGUUGGAUUGGGCACGGACACAAAACUGCCCCGGGGUGUUCUCUGCGGGGGGGGGGCAAACACAGCUCGGGGGGACACUGGGACUGCUCCCAGUGACACUGGGACUGCUCGGGGGGACACUGGGACUGCUCUGGGGGACACUGGGACUGCUCCGGGGCUCCCAGUGACGCUCCCAGUGACACUGGGAC